AUGCUUAGCGAGAUUUACCUAGGAAUAGAAUGUUCCCUAGCUCCAGGGACUGUCUACCCUUCACUAGCUCCAGGGACUGUCUACCCUUCACUAGCUCCAGGGACUGUCUACCCUUCACUAGCUCCAGGGACUGUCUACCCUUCACUAGCUCCAGGGACUGUCUACCCUUCACUAGCUCCAGGGACUGUCUACCCUUCACUAGCUCCAGGGACUGUCUACCCUUCACUAGCUCCAGGGACUGUCUACCCGUCACUAGCUCCAGGGACUGUCUACCCGUCACUAGCUACGGUGACUGUCCACCCGUCACUAGCUACGGUGACUGUCCACCCGUCACUAGCUACGGUGACUGUCCACCCGUCACUAGCUACGGUGACUGUCCACCCGUCACUAGCUACGGUGACUGUCCACCCGUCACUAGCUACGGGGACUGUCCACCCGUCACUAGCUACGGGGACUGUCUACCCGUCACUAGCUACGGGGACUGUCUACCCUUCACUAGCUACUGGGACUGUCCACCCGUCACUAGCUACGGUGACUGUCUACCCUUCACUAGCUACGGUGACUGUCUACCCGUCACUAGCUACGGUGACUGUCCACCCGUCACUAGCUACGGUGACUGUCCACCCGUCACUAGCUACGGGGACUGUCCACCCGUCACUAGCUACGGGGACUGUCUACCCUUCACUAGCUACGGUGACUGUCUACCCGUCACUAGCUACGGGGACUGUCUACCCUUCACUAGCUACGGUGACUGUCUACCCUUCACUAGCUACGGUGACUGUCUACCCUUCACUAGCUACUGGGACUGUCCACCCGUCACUAGCUACGGUGACUGUCCACCCGUCACUAGCUACGGGGACUGUCUACCCUUCACUAGCUACGGUGACUGUCUACCCUUCACUAGCUACUGGGACUGUCCACCCGUCACUAGCUACGGUGACUGUCCACCCGUCACUAGCUACGGGGACUGUCUACCCUUCACUAGCUACGGUGACUGUCUACCCUUCACUAGCUACUGGGACUGUCCACCCGUCACUAGCUACGGUGACUGUCCACCCGUCACUAGCUACGGUGACUGUCUACCCGUCACUAGCUACGGUGACUGUCUACCCUUCACUAGCUACGGUGACUGUCUACCCUUCACUAGCUACUGGGACUGUCCACCCGUCACUAGCUACGGUGACUGUCCACCCGUCACUAGCUACGGUGACUGUCUACCCGUCACUAGCUACGGUGACUGUCUACCCUUCACUAGCUACGGUGACUGUCUACCCUUCACUAGCUACUGGGACUGUCCACCCGUCACUAGCUACGGUGACUGUCCACCCGUCACUAGCUACGGUGACUGUCUACCCAUCACUAGCUACGGUGACUGUCUACCCUUCACUAGCUACGGGGACUGUCUACCCGUCACUAGCUACGGGGACUGUCUACCCGUCACUAGCUACGGGGACUGUCUACCCGUCACUAGCUACGGGGACUGUCUACCCGUCACUAGCUACGGGGACUGUCUACCCGUCACUAGCUACGGGGACUGUCUACCCUUCACUAGCUACGGUGACUGUCUACCCGUCACUAGCUACGGUGACUGUCUACCCGUCACUAGCUACGGGGACUGUCUACCCGUCACUAGCUACGGGGACUGUCUACCCGUCACUAGCUACGGGGACUGUCUACCCUUCACUAGCUACGGUGACUGUCUACCCGUCACUAGCUACGGGGACUGUCUACCCUUCACUAGCUACGGGGACUGUCUACCCGUCACUAGCUACGGGGACUGUCUACCCUUCACUAGCUACGGGGACUGUCCACCCGUCACUAGCUCCAGGGACAGUGUCCACCCCUCACUAG